AUGUCCUCUUCCGUCCAAGACGGCCGAGUCACCAAGCAUAAAUCGUCAUCGCGGCGGUCCUCAGCGCGACGGAUGAGCCAAUCUAACCAGGAGAAUAAAGAACAAAAGAAAACCCAACCUCUCCCCCUAAUCGAGCGCACCAAUGCCCUCCCAAUCGAGCAAUUCAGAUCAACCUAUGCGCCAACGAUCUCUGAAACGUUCAAAUUAAAGAACCCCACAGAAGAAGCCGAGGAUAGCUCUAUUCCCGACCAAACCAAAGAACUGGACUACAUGCUAGAUCUUUACACCGCAAAGACCAUCCCCUCCGCGGACUUUGAGGCCUGCUUUGGUCUCAUCGAGUUGACUUCUUCAAAUGCUUACGAUGGGUCUAGUGUGGGAUGGUCUCCGUCGAAGAAGCGGAAGGAGAUGAAGUUGCCUGAUAUGAAGUAUUUAAUUGCGCGCCGGGGGUCUAGAUCCGAGGGGAAAGAUGAAUCUGAGCCUGCCGGGGGGGCGAUUUUAGGAUUCCUUUCUUUUAUGGUUACAUAUGAAGAUGGGAAGGAGGUCAUCUAUUGCUAUGAGAUUCACCUGUCACCAGAAGCACGGGGCAUGGGGCUAGGGAGACAGUUGAUGCUGACAUGCGAGAAUGUCGGACGGCACGUGGGUCUCGAGAAGACCAUGUUGACUGUCUUCAAGUCGAACACGAAGGCAGUGCGCUUUUACGAACGUUGUGGGUUUGAAAUCGAUGAAUACUCCCCACAGCCGCGAAGGCUGCGGAAUGGUACGGUGAAGGAACCGGAUUAUUUGAUCUUAUCCAAGAUGUUGGACAAUGAUGAUCCGUGGGAGACUGAUUGA